AUGGGGCCACUCGUCGACAGCGGAAACCUGGCAUACGCGCCCAACUGCCAUGGCAAACCCUGCCCAGUGGAUGGGAGCUGGUCAGAGUGGUCCUCCUGGGAGGAGUGUUCUCGUACCUGCGGCCAUGGCAACAGGACGCGUGUGCGCACAUGCAGUGACCCCCCUGCCCAGCACGGAGGGCGAGCCUGUGAGGGGAAGGCUGUAGAGGCCAUCAUGUGCAGCAUCCGACCCUGUCCAGUGGCUGGUAACUGGGGCUCCUGGCUGCCCUGGGGCCCGUGCAGUGAGACGUGUGGGAAGGGCACUCAGACACGCGUGCGUCUGUGUAACAACCCCCCGCCAGCCUUCCACGGCCCGCCCUGCGAUGGACCCGACACUCAGACACAAGUGUGCAAAGAGAGACCCUGUCCAGUGGACGGGAAGUGGUCAUCGUGGGUCAGCUGGGGGGCGUGUAGUGUUUCCUGUGGGGGCGGGACCAGGCAACGGACACGCCUCUGUGCUAACCCCGCCCCUCAGCACGGAGGGCGGCAGUGUGAAGGGAACGACGUGCACAUCGACUUCUGCAACAGCGAACCCUGCCCAAUCCAUGGGAACUGGGGCCCGUGGGGCAGCUGGGGUUCGUGCAGUCGCUCGUGUAAUGGCGGUCAGAUGCGCCGCCACCGCAGCUGUGACAACCCCCGACCUGCCAACGGAGGCCGCACCUGCGCCGGGUCAGACGCACAAACUCAGCGUUGCAGCACGGCCAGCUGUCCUGUGGAUGGCAGCUGGGGACCCUGGCAGGCCUGGGGAGAGUGCUCAGCUUCCUGUGGCGGUGGGGAGAGAACACGGACCAGACUAUGCAACAGCCCAUCGCCUAGCAACAAGGGUCGUCCUUGUCCAGGAGACUCCAAUCAGCUGUCCAGGUGUAACCCGAAGGCAUGUCCAGGUGGUCCACAGAGAGCCCGAGGCAGCAUCACUGGGAACAUUAACGAUGUGGAGUUUGGCAUCGCCAUUCUAAAUGCCACCAUCUCUGACAACCAAUCAGGACCCAGGACCAUCCAGGCCACCAUUUCUAAUGUCCCACGUAGCCUUGGUCCUGCUAUGAGGAAGCUCAUCUCGCUCCUGAACCCCAUCUAUUGGACGACGGCCCAGGAAAUAGGCGAGGCUGUGAAUGGCUACACCCUCACCGAUGGCGUGUUCAGACGAGAGACACAAGUCGAGUUUGCCACAGGGGAGAUCCUGCACAUGACGCAUGUUGCCCGUGGGCUGGACUCUGACGGCGUGCUGCUGUUGGACAUCGUGGUGAACGGACACAUCCUCCAGUUGCCCUCUAAUGCUGACAUCAGCCUGAAGGACUACUCUGAGGACUACAUCCAGACUGGAGCAGGCCAGCUGUACGCCCAGUCCACGCGCAUGUUCAGCGUUGACGGCGUGAGCGUGCCGUACUCGUGGAACCACACCAUCAGCUACGAGCACAGCCGCGGCCGCAUGCCCUACCUGGUGGAGACGCUCCACGCCGCCUCCAUCUCCGCUCACUACCACCCCCUGGAGGAGGUGCUGGAGUACACCAUCCAGGCCAGCAUUGCCAAGGGUGACCGUAGUAACCAGUGUCCCGGUGGAUUCCAGCUGGACCCCACUGGUCCAUACUGUUCAGAUGAGAAUGAGUGUGAGGAAGGUAACCCCUGUUCUCACACGUGUCACAACGCCAUCGGCACAUACUACUGUUCCUGCCCCCGAGGGCUCACCAUAUCAGCUGAUGGAAGGACGUGCCAAGACAUAGACGAGUGUGCGCUGGGAGGCCACGUGUGUCACAGUGGGCAGGAGUGCGAGAACACCAUUGGCUCCUACCGCUGCGUGAUGCGAUGUGGGCGGGGCUUCAGGAGGACGACGGACGGGCUGAGUUGCCAAGACGUGAACGAGUGCCAGGAGUCCAACCCGUGCCACCAGCACUGUCUGAACACCAUCGGCAGUUUCCGCUGCGCGUGUGAGCCAGGCUACCAGCUCAGGAACCGCCGCUGCAUCGAUAUUAACGAGUGCAGACAGCGGGUGUGCCGAUCGGACCAGCAGUGCAAGAACACGCGUGGCGGGUACACCUGCAUCGACCUGUGCCCAUCGGGCAUGACCAAGGGUGGCAACGGCACGUGUGUAGAUGUGGAUGAGUGCAGAGAUGGCACGCACCAGUGCAGGUAUAACCAGGUGUGUGAGAACACACGCGGCAGCUACCACUGCACCUGCCCACGGGGGUACCGCUCCCAGGGCGUGGGCCGACCUUGUCUGGGUAUGUACACACACACACACGCACACACACACACACACACACACACACACACACACACACACACAGGUAUACAUACAUCGCAGCUGCCCCAAGUAGACACAUUACAAGUAAAUACUUGAACACAACAUGCAUUCUAAGUGCAUACCAGUGCAUAACAGGGAGUUCACUUACUGUACAAGCAUGCGCUACGUGCACUGACAAGCACCUCCACACAUGUCAACUAAAGGGCACACACAGACACACACACAGACACACACACACACACCC